AUGGUCCUGCUGGACGAAGUGCGAAACGCAACUCAAGCUCUGAAAACAGUGGCUUCGUCUCACAAAGACAAAACCAUCCUUUCUGUCGUCGAGCAGUUAUCUUCCAAUCUCACUCUGCUAGAAUUGUCUUUUCCUUCCUCAAAAUUAUUAGAAAAUCUUUGCUUGCAGUUUCGAAAGCCACUGGUUCCCUUGUACUCCUUGUUCACUGCUCACGCUUGCCGGUUCGCCGUCACGUUAUUCGCUUUCAUCUAUGAAGACAAGGUUGAGAAGAAUGAGGAUGAUGUGGUCGUUUUGUUAUGGGAGAAAGUCUUGAAUGCUAUUCUUGCUGGACUAGUGGAUUACCUAGAAGACUCCUCUGGUAUGAUCCUUUAG